CCGUUGUUUGUUAUUGUCAGUACUGUACAGUCACUGCAGGUCAGAAGCGGCACGCGCACACGAGCGGACCGGUUCGGACGGGAUGGCAUGAUGACAUGCACAGCUAACGCGACUACAAAUGCGUCAUUGUUUAAAAUAAACCCUGGAGACGACAGUCGAUCUAUUUUACGUGUGUCCAAUCCGACAACCUAACUUCGACAGAGCGUUGUGUAAAGAUAUUCAGCGGAGCUCAGCUCGUGUCAACUGCAUUAAAUAAUCUGUGGUAAUCUUUAAAUAGUGUUCGAGGAGAGAUGGACGGACAUUUUUGGGCUCAUCUAAAGGCUGGCAGCUCGGAAGUGGAUUGGUGUGAAGGAAAUUAUCUGAUCUAUUCCGGAAUAGCGGAGUUUUAUAACACGAUAAGCAAUGUGCUGUUUUUCGUCUUGCCUCCUAUUCUCAUGUGUCUAUUCAGGCAGUAUGCCACGCAUUUCAACAGUGGCAUCUAUCUCAUAUGGACUCUGCUGGUGGUUGUUGGUAUCGGCUCAACUUACUUCCAUGCCACCCUGAGCUUCUUGGGACAGAUGUUGGAUGAACUUGCCAUAUUGUGGGUGCUAAUGUGUGCCAUUGGCAUGUGGUUUCCUAAGAGAUAUCUUCCUAAGAUAUUUCGUAAAGACAGGUCGAGGUUUAAACUUGUCAUUGGCAUUCUGUCAGGGAUCACCACCUGCCUGGCCUUCAUCAAACCUGCCAUUAAUUCCAUAUCCCUAAUGACACUGGGAAUCCCAUGUACUGCACUUCUCAUUACUGAGCUAAAGAGGUGUGAAAACCCACGUGUGUUCAAGCUUGGUCUUCUCUCAGGGCUGUGGUGGACUCUGGCAUUGAUGUGCUGGAUUAGUGAUCGCAUUUUCUGUGAAAUGUGGUCAUCUGUCAACUUUCCUUAUCUACACUGUGCCUGGCAUAUUCUUAUCUGCUUGGGUUCGUAUCUUGGAUGUGUGUGUUUUGCUUAUUUCGACGCCGCAUCCGAGGCUCCAGAGCAGGGGCCCGUUCUCAAAUUCUGGCCCAAUGAGAAAUGGGCUUUUAUUGGGGUGCCAUACGUCACUCUUCUCUGUGUGCACCGCAAGACCUCCAUUAAGCUGACAUAGACUGUGCCAUGUUCAAAGGUAUCUGAAUACGUUUGGUCCACAAAAAGGAGACUCUCGUUUUUCCAGGUGGAUUUGUUUGUUUUGGGUGAAACGUGUGAAAGCAAUCAAUAUUAAUCAUGUGAAGCAUAAUUUAAGUGAAAAGUGUUGAAUGACCUCAGUAUGGAGAGUUUACUCAGGCGCACAAUGUUGCACAAUUAACACGUUAAGUAAGAUCCUGUUUGGGUGAAGGACAUAAAAAGUUUCCUUUUCGAAACAGAUUUUUACACCAGCAAUUAGACUUUUAUUUAUGUGUGAGAAUACUAUAGGUUGUUUGUUACAUUAACAAUUUUGAAAUCUCAUUUACUUUUCACUAUACCAUACAAUAAGGGAAAAUAUACAAAUGAUUGUUUAAACAGGAAGAUCAGGACACAGGUGAAAGGCACAUAUCACCCUAAAACGAUUUAUGUGUAUUCUGAGUUAACAGGCAGCUGCGGUCUUUAAAACAAAGCUUCUAAAAGAGUUCUUCACAGCGAUGUCAUAGAAGAACCAUUUUUGGUUCUCCAAAGAACCUUUUAGGUUUUUCUUUCUUGCCUUUUUAUAGUUUGUAGAAGCUUUGUCCACUUCACAGAAAGGUUGUGUGAAUGUUGAAAGACCUUUUUUUUUUUUUACUUUAAAAAGUGACUUAUUACUAUGUGUGUACCACUUAUUACACAGAUUAUUGCCAAAUCAAUAAAUAAAUAGACAUGAAAUAUUACAUUUUAUAUGGUUAAAAUUAUUUUCAUGUGUGAGAAAAUAGAGACAACAGUCAGUUAUACAGCACAGAGGUCGUAAUACAAUAACAUUUGACUGCUGAAGGUUUCCAUUGACCAAUCAGAAUAAAUUUUGUAGGUGUUGUUUUAUUUUUGUACAUGUUAACAAUAUGUUGGUAAUUUUAGGACACGGUCUAUGAUUAUUAAGGUUUUUGUAAGUAUCUGUAUUAAAGGGGGAAAAUGUCAUUAUUUACACACCCUUAAGUUGUAAUAAACCUGUAUAAAUGUCUUUGUUUUGCUGAACACAGGGAGAUGUUUGUAGUCAAGCAGAAAACAGGAGCACCAUUGACUUUCAUAGUAGAAAAGAAAAAUACUAUGGAAGUCAAUGGUGCUCAAAAACGCUUAAAAUAUCUUCCUUUGUGUUCAGCAGAACCGAGAAAUUAAUCCAGGUUUGUAACAAUGUAAGGUUUAAUAAAUGAUGACAAAAUUUUCAUUUUUUUGUGGAUCUUAAAUAUACAUUUUCCCUAUGGACUGCCAAAUAUACAUUUGUGGGUGAAUUAAUUUAAACCAUGAGCAACUAACCAUGAUACCAAUGCUUUGUGGCACACAUGCAACUUUAUCAUAUUACUAAUGUGUUUUACUAGUUUGUUUUUCCCAUAUCUGGAGGAUAAUUCUUCCUACGCCUGAUACUUCCUGAUAAAAAAUGUAAGAUAAUGAAGUUUAUGUAUUGAUUAUAUGAAUGCAGCAUAAACUGGAUGUUUUAUUUGAGAUAUUCUGAGCCUUGUUGCACUACUACGAAAUGAAGCAGUGUUUUUGACACACAAUGUAUUGAAAGAUUUGAAUUCAGUGCAUGCAAAUUGUUCGUUGAAUUGAAUGUAAAUGAAUGCUCUUUUGAGAAUAAUUGACAUAUAUUUGCCAAAUGUCAGUUUUUCCUUCGAAUGUCCAUAUAUAGUGUAAUUCUCUAUACAUGCUGAUGAAAUAUAAAUAUUUAGAUUUCUCAUCUUAACACUUUUUACAACAAAACACUUUUCAAAUGCCUUUUCCAGUUUGUAUCUUCAGAGCAAAAUGUCAGUGAUCACAAAUUUGUACUGCCAGUAACUGUCAAGGGUUUUUUAAGGAAUAAAUGCCAAAUUAUGCCAUGCAAUAUUAAAACAUAUUCAAUGCCAAUUUAUACAAACAUUACCCAUCCCACAAAUUUAUUCAGUAUUUCGAAGAGAUACUGAAUUGUUACCUGUUUCUGCCAUUGAUCCAGCCUUCCAAGUCAUAGUUUCCUGAGGUACUUCUGCUCAAGCAAUGCACAAUAUGUACUGUAAGCCAGUGCCAUGGCUAUAGCGUGUGAGACUGUGUUUGUAUAUUUUUCGGUCUCUGCAACACCGACCCAAAUGCAACAAAGGGACCAAUUAUACAAAGGCUAUUUAUUUUUGUGACAUAACCUAUUAAUAUUUUUUAUUUACCACUGAUUAAUGAAUGUUUGUAACCAAAUAAGUUGUAUUUUUUACACUUUAUUUAAUAAAAUAUGCUCAUUAACAAGCUUGAA